AGGGUGCAGGAGGUUUUGCCAGAUUUCAGCUCUUGGGUGAUAGCACAGGCCAAAUAUACAAUGCAGCACAUCCCAGCAAACUACGUAUGGUGGUCUCCUAUUGCAAUCCUUCUACUCCUUCUCCCAGUGCAGGUAUGGAGUCACAAGAUGAUGUGGGUCCCCACUUCAGUUUCAGUCACAGCUGGAGAUGAUGUUGAACUUUGGUGCAAAUUUCAAAAAAGUCCAUAUGUUAACCAUGACGUCAGCUGGUUUCGCUACAAGCGUUGUGAGAAUGGAUCGACUUGUAUUAACGUUAAAGAGAAAAUGAAUUACACGGACAGAAUGAAAAUAGAAAUGACAACGCAAUCGCUAAUCAUCAAACACACAGAACUGAAUGACAAAGCAUUGUAUAUGUGCACAGUGACAGCAAACAACAAGACAUAUAGGUCAUGCGGGACGUACCUAAGAGUGAGAGAAUCUGAUCCAUACUUCUUCUUAAAUUUCGGUGAAGCCACAAAGAAUAGACUCAUUACAGCUGAAGGCGUCCUUCUCCUGCUCUGUGCAGUCAUACCUGGGACCUUCCUGUUGUACAAGAAGCGUUGGGAAAAUCUGAAGACAUUGAAUAUGAAGAACCCUGAAGGAGAGAAUCUGUAUGAGGGACUGAAUCUCGAUGAAUGUUCAAUGUAUGAAGAUAUUUCUCGUGGUCUACAGGCCACCUAUGAAGAUGUGGGAAUGAUGCGUGCCUCUGACAUUCAGCUGGAAAAGCCUUGAUUUCUUGAGAGUGGAGAUCAUAGAACCUAAAAUUAGAAGAACAGAAGAGCCAUCAGGGCACUUAUGAUUACAGGGAAAUCACAGUUUAGUGAUUGGGAGAUGGAACCAAGAAUGGUAUUUCUGUAGGACAUGAAAUGUAAAUAUUUCUGAGCCAGGUGUGCAUUGCUUCUAUUAUGUGUUCCUCACAGUUCUGACCCUUAAAGUCCCAAGAAGUCUCAUUUAUUAACAUGGAUAUUGCAGUAGUGAUAAAUAUUGAUAUAUGUUCAGGUAAAUAAGCUGUCUUACAUUAAGAAGGUAUGGUUAGUAAGCUAAAUCAAAUCAGACUGUAAAUAUGCUAAUUAUGAAAAUGUAAAACCAAUCUAGAUUUUUCAACAUUCACUUGUUGCGUUAAGCCAGUGCCCAUGAAGCAGAAGUCCACAGACACUUUGUUUAGUCCUAUCAACACUUUUUCAGUACCAUGUAACUCAACACAUGCUUGACCACUCUUCCAGUCUAGUAACAUUGUACAGUUUGAUUGAUAAUAGCAAGUUUUUUUGACUACUUAGUAGCAUUUGGUAUUAUCUGAUAUGCUUUAGACAAUGCUUUAUUAACAUUGUAUAAUAUGUUUUCUCUAUCGUUGAAUAUCUGGGAUAAUGAAUUAUUUUUCUGUUUUAUAAUAUUUAAACAUUUCUAGAUAACUAAAUAGUGCACUUCAGC